AUGGCCAACCAAUUGCACAACGAGGCCCUGGAGACCACGGAUGUGAUAAUCUGUGGAUGCGGACCAACUGGGGCUCUACUCAGUGGACUUUUGGGACGAAUGUCUGUUAAGAAUGUUGUCUUAGAGAAAGAAGAAGAAAUCGUGACAGAUCCUCGGGGCAUUGCUCUUGAUGAGGACGGGAUUCGAUUACUCCAGGAGUUAGGUUUGUAUGACCAGAUCCACACUGAGAUUGGGCAAAAUAUUGGAUGGACCUUCUUCACGUCCGGAAAGCAUGGGCUCAUGACUAAGCCGUUCAUGGGAAUGAAUCUAAGCACCACCGAAGGAGGAACUGGCCACGUUGCCGCGAUUUGCCACAAACAACCUGUGAUGGAAAAGAAUAUCCGCAGGGCCGCAAGCAGCUAUCCUAGCUCCCAAUUACGCCUCGGGUCGACGAUCGUCCAUAUCGAAGAAGACAAAGACUUUGUGCGGGCACAUUACAUCGACAACAACGGCAUUCAGCGCACCAUUCAGGGGAAGUUCUUCGUAGGAGCAGAUGGGAAAACGGGUUUUACACGCAAAUGCUAUCUGGAACCCAAGGGAGUUUCACUCCAAACACUCUCUGGGUACGAGUAUCAAGAGACAUGGGUAGCGAUGAAUUGGCACAUGGAUCUCCCUACGCCGGAGACACACCCGAACUUUCCCCUUUGGAAACUUAAUUACACCCCUGAACAAGUCUACGACAAAUUCUUUCCGCCCGGUUUUCGAUUCAUUGGCAAUCCUGACCGACCUUCAGUCUGUGGAAGUUUUGGAUUACGGAGUGAGAGACUGUGGAGGUUUGAAUUCGUGGUGGACAAGGGAGAAGAUCCGCAGGAGAUGGCUGCAUGGGAGAAGACAUCUCAGAUCGUCUUACCGUACCUAACCCACCCCGGCGCUGACUAUGGUCUGAAAGACGCUGUGCAAUACCCGGUAGAUUGCAUCCACGUUCUGCGGUCGAGGCCUUUCACUUUCGCCGCCCGAAGCUGCAACAAGUGGGCUGUCGAAAGGGUGAUAGUCUGUGGUGACGCAGCCCAUGUUAUGCCCCCGUUUGGCGGCCAAGGUAUUGUCUCUGGAUUCAGAGACGCCUCUGGUAUUGCAUGGAGGCUCGCGCUAGCUUGUCGCCCUGAUUUCGACGGCAACUAUGGAGCCCUCUUUAACGGGUGGUUUCUAGAACGGAAACAGCAGCUAGACCGCUCGCUUGCGGCUACGGUUGCCAACGGAAACCUCACAACAGCCCGAAAUCCCAUGAAGAUCUUUCUUAGGGAUUGGGUGCUGUGGUUGAUGCAACUUGUCCCGAGCUGGAGACAUAAGCUCGAAUUAGGCCCUCGCGCAAACGGAAUGCAACGGUACAGGUUCAGCUCCGGGAUGGCGUUCCUCCCCAACCUAGCAGGCGGAUGUUGUUUGCCACAGGUUUACUGUUGCUCGAUCUACCCUCUGACCAAGGAUGCAGUUCCGGCAGUCCGAUUUACAGAUGAUGUGUUACUGAAUGGACCCAGGACCAAUGCGCUACUGCGACUUGUUGUUGUGACUGACAAUGUGGAGCAGGCGGAGAAAGCGUGGUCAGAGCUCAAGGAGCUCAACCUGGAGAAGAUCUCCAACAACGAAAUCCAAAAGGACUCCGCUUUCUUCCUCAUCCACUCGCCGUCGCUCGAAAAUCGUCGAGCCGGCACUCCGUCAGAUAUCCCUCAGCAAAACGUGUAUCGGAUAGCAACUGGGGACGAGUUCGCUGCGUCAAACCUCUGCAGAAAUCGACCCUACCCAACCGGAUACGACAUGUAUCGAGUCAAAAAGGACGUUGGUGGGAGGAAGUACGUUUUGGUCCGUCCCGACCGAUUUGUAUUUGCCGCUUGUCACACUGGCGCAGAGCUCAUCAGGGCUUGCGAACAAAUCCCGCAAACGUUGUUUGGAUCUCCUAGAUCAACGAAGCCGAACGGCUGCAUGCCCUAG